AUGGGGUCCGGCCACGCAGGCUCCUUGUUCGUUGCAUUUCUGGCCGUCGUAGCAGUCAGAAUCAAUGACGCAAAGGCCGCACAUCCCUUCUCGACAAGCCUUGUCCAGAUCACAGUCGUCCUUACCCGAGCACCUGAGGUCUUCCACGCAGGAGCCCUCAGAAUUACACGUAUAAAAUUCGUCGCAGUCGUCGCAAUCACCUUUCUCCGUACACCUAAGAUCUUCCACACAGGAGCCCUCCAGAUUACACAUAUCGAGUUCGUCACAGUCGUCGUCAGAAGAGCACUUUCCACACUUCCCUUCCUGGCACACUUGUCCCGCCGUGCAGUCAACGUUCUCCAUACACCUGGUGUCCUCUACACAGGAGCCCUCGGGAGUGCACAUCAGAUCUUCGUUGCAGUCGUCGUCAGAAGAACACUUUCCGCACUUCCCUGCUCGGCAUAUCUGACCCUCCGAGCAGGCAUCGUUAUCGUUGCACUCUGA